AUGUAUCACUUACGCCGACACAUACGAAACCCGGAGAUGGACGUGGAGAAGGGAUGGAAGUUGGUGAAAGACGAACUAGGGGAAGACCUGGAAUCGAUUUUGGACGAGGCGCUGCUGUCCAAGUGCUCCGAAGAUGGGCAGAAUUGCUCAUGUACGCCGCUGCCCACGGGAACGAGGAUGGUUUCUGCACCUGAUCGACCACAUCAGAUCACAGCCAUCUAUUGUCUGCCUCCCGCACAAUCCACCAAGCUGGGAAUCCCUACGCUCUUGACGGAACUACGGGAGAUCGACAUCCACGGUUGUCCUCUACUCUUUCAUGCGGCAUCAAGCAACUGCGAGUAUUCCUGCUUUCGAACGGCGAAAGACAUGAUCUUGUCUGUGCUGGGCAAGGGCGAGCUUGUGCAGCAGUUCGAGCUCGUAGACGGACUCGGGAGGGGAAUACUCAUGCAUGCCGCGAGGAGCAACCACGUUGAAAACUUCAAAGAGGUCUUGAACGGGUGCAGAGAGGUCGCUGAUUGCAUGCUCCCGCACGACAAGCCCACGGUUGGCGGCCAGACAGAAUCUCUCGACCCGCAACUACCAGCCACAGACACCGCGUCUGCGGACGCAGGGCUUCUGCUGCAAGUAUUGGGGAAGGUCGACCGCAUGGGCAAAAACUGCCUUCACCAUGCAGCGGAAGCGGGCUCCUACGCAGUACUGGACGAGGUGGUGGAACUUUGCGGUUCGCUGUACGAAGAGAUGAACACGGCCGACAUCAUGGGGCGGACCCCGAUCAUGUACGUCCUUCGGAACGACAGCUGUCGGGGGCAAGCGCAACAGGGCCCAACAUUGACCCUGAGAGAGCAAUCCCUCCGAAAAAAGCUCUACGAGCUCUACGAGGCUCUGCCGGAUGCAACAUGCACUCGAGGUACACCAGUCAGGACAGGAUGGAUGAAGCCAUCGCGUGUACCGGCUCCCAUCCCAACCGUACCGAAAAAGAAUCGCGUCGACACUCGGGCAGUAACAGAGUUGAUACACGCUGCACGAGGCGGCUUGGUGUCUUUGGAGCUAGCUCUGAACGAGCUCCCACUUGCCUCCAGAAACAGCACUGAGAGUGGCUUCACGGUGGCGCUAGACGACGCGCUCGCGGUCAACAUAACGAUCGAUAAGGCUCAAGAGGAGCAGUUUCACCGAACCAAAGCCUGGGGAUGGGCUUUGCUGUUGGCGGCCGCCGCGAAGCUCGGCGGUAUUGAUGUGUUGUAUCAUGUCCUACUGGCCAUAAAGAAAGGGAAAUUCAACCUCGUCAAACGCAGUGAAAACGACCGCGAUUUCCGGCUCGCCAAAGUGGAGAGACCCGCGGAUGGCGGGCGGGUGGAGCUCCCCCGGGGCGACAGAGUGCAGGCAGCUGUAAGGGCGAUCAAAACCCGCGCAAAGUCCGUCUUCUCAUAUGCGAUCUUGUCUGGACGGACGGACGCUAUGGAGCUGGUGUACGAUCUCGUGCGCGGACUCUUCGGAAACUACACCGAAGUGCAAACGGACGACCGUCUACGGCUUCAGAGACAACUUUCGCCGAGCGUUUCAAUGCCCCACCGAGGCAAGGGGAAGGUGAAGUCGCCUCUGGUAGGAGCCACCUUCAGCAGCAACUGGAUCCUCUUUCAAAAGGUGUACGACACCUACGAGGCGUGGACUGGUCACCGCUGGUGGCGCCAGAACGUGAGAGCUCCGAGGUCUUAA